CACAGCCUCCAGAGUCGGCUCAUCAUAUACUGCCGAGUGUUGUAUAUUCCAGGUUAAUAAAUCAUUUGACAAGAUGUAAUCAGUAUUUGGAGGAAUGUUGCCGGGAUUUGCUUACAAUGACACUUAUUGUACCAUCUGCACCUUGGGCAAAAAUCGAGUGUUCCCUGAGCCAGGAAUUUACUGUGGAGAAUGUGCUUGCAGCAUUGCCAGCAUUUCCCAAAGGUGCACCACAGCAGCGAGCAAAGAGAGCUGCAGAAGCAUUAGUGAAAGCUGCCAAUUAUUCCAGGCUAAUGGCAAUGCAACAGAUUCUUGCUCUGGAAGCUGAACUUGAGUUCCACAGAGGAAUUUACAACUUACAAGUGCAGUACACGCAAUCACUUUUCCAAGGAAUAAAACAAGCCUAUCACAAUUUCCAAGAAAAUGUUGUUGCAGUUGUUUGUUCUCCACUUAAAGAUGUCCUUUCCUCCUACGCUGACCUUAAAAGUGAAGCUUCCGAAACUGCCCUGAGAAAUUUCCUAACAAUUUUCAAGAACAAUGUGGAACAGAUUCAGGAUGCAGUUGACAUUUUGACUCCAUCAAAGACACAGCGAUGUGAAGGUGAAGAGGCCUUUUCAAAACUGGGCCAGGAAUUCUUUACUUCUUUGGACAACUCGAUCAAAAAAUGUGGAGAAGAAAGAGAUCGGUCUGUGUUUGAAAUAGAACGAUUAAAACAAGAAAUGAAUCAUGCAUUAGAGGCCAUCAGAAUUUUAAAGAUGGAGAGGAAACAAAAAGGAAGUUCAUCCAAUGAUCAGUCGGCAAAAUCAGAGGGAGAAAGCACAGUUGGAAGGGGGCAGCCUCCUGUCAGUUACACUCAAGAGACAGCAAAUAUCACCUCUCAGCUGUCUGCAUAUAGAAGAAAGAACUCCCUCACAAUUCCUAAUGAGAAGGAAACAUCAGAAAGACAGUCUUUACAACAGAGUCAAAACUCUGCAUCAGCACGUCAAAGGAGCAAAAGCCUCCAAAGAAGCAAAAGUGUGAAGAUGCAGCCCUCCUGGCAAGUUUAAUCUAAAUAUUUAUUGAUGAUGACAAUAUUAUAAUUAAUAUA